UUUCUGAGCACCAAUCUUACGACUGCCUUGCCUUUGGCAUGUCUCUAAUUUCGACAGCUUCGAUACUCCUCCUCCUCCACGCCUGCUCCCUGUCCCUGCUCGCCGCCGCAAGAGUCCCCGACCCGGUAGAACAUGGCGACGUGAACACGGCGAUGCUUACCAACGGCUCGGCCUCGGCGACGCCGUCGUCCCCUGACAGCAGCAGCAACGGCAACUUCGACAUGUACUUCUGCUUCCUCUGCUCGGGGCGCGACCCGCUGCUCAUUCACCACUGCCCCAUCUACUGGGACGAGUGCCACCUCAUCUGCGACGAUGACAUGUCCACCGCCACUCCUACUCCACCUGCUGUUGCAGUGUCGUCGUCGUCGUCGUCCCGCCCCGUCCCCAUGGUGCAGGUGCAGGGCGAUGAUGACUGCUACGUCAUGAAGCUCUACAUGUCCGGCCGCUACGUCAUCGUCGAACACCGGCCAUGCAAAUACAUCGCCUGGUGCUUCCUCACCUGCGGCGGCGGGGAGCUGGCGGCGGCCGACCGGAAAGCCGUCACGGCCACUGCGAUCCAGGGGACCUCUCUGCCUGCCGAGCUAUGCGGCACGCAGGUGGUCAAUGCUCCACCAUCUGCUGCCGCUGGUGGUGCGCACCGACGGCGCUAGCUGCCUACUUAUCCGCGAACUAAGGAAGGCCCUAGAAGCAAGAGUACCUACUGCAAAGCGCUAUGAAGAGCUCUACCAUGUCACAUCACACUCGUUGUUAUGACACACCAGAGGUGUGCACUAUAUAUGACACAACAACUACAGUAAGACGGUAGUAGUUGGACGAGUGGGGCUAGACGUCUAGACAGAGAUGUAAGUCUCUAAUCUCUUGUGCUAUAAAAGAGAAGUGUAGAGCAACAUAGAAACAGUUUGUUAACAUCACUAAUGUGCUAA